GCGGGAUCACUGAAGAUUCUGCAGAGGCUGUUGUGUGGCAGUUGGACAAACCGACGUAGUGUGCCACGGAAGCUAAACCCUGUAGGACCGUCGUGAAGAAGACUUUGAAAUGAAUAGGAUACGAAUCCACGUGUUACCUUCGAGUCGGAACCGGGUGACCCAGACUCCUCGUCCCCAGGAGCCCCAGGCCUGCUCCUUCACACAGCGACCAUGCUCUCAGCCUCGCCUGGAGGGCCUGGACUUCUGCGUCAAACACAUCCUGGAGGAUAAGAACUCUCCGUACAAGCAGUGCAGCUAUGUCUCUGCAAAGAACGGCAAGCGCUGCCCCAACGCUGCACCAAAAGUCGAGAGGAAAGACGGAGUGACGUUCUGCACAGAGCAUGCUCGCAGGAAUGCCAUGGCCCUCCGAGCUCAGAUGAGAAAGGCGUCUUCUGGUCCUUCCCCAGAGUCUCUGUUGUCGCAGCUCAGUGGAUACAACCGCGCAGAGACUCACAGCGCUGACGGAGGCCGCUCUGAAGCUAGCCGGAUUCUAGGUAAAGUCGAAAACGAAGCUGGGCCUGCAGAGGAAACAAAAGAGGAAUCGGAUGAAGAGGAUGAGGAAGAUGAAGACGCUGGUCGCAUACGACAUGCAGGGGUAUACACAGCCGAGGAAGUGGCACUUAUUACUCGAGAAAAGCUCAUCCGGCUCCAGUCCCUCUACAUCGACCAGUUCAAACGUCUGCAGCACCUGCUUAAGGAGAAAAAGCGCAGAUACCUGCACAACCGCAAGGUGGAACAUGAAACUCUAGGGAGCAGUCUGCUGACGGGGCCUGAAGGUCUGUCCAUGAAGGAGAGGGAGAACCUGAAGAAGCUCAAAGCUCUGCGCCGAUACCGUCGUCGGUACGGCGUGGAAGCCCUGCUGCACCGGCGCCUCCGGGAGAGGAGGCAGGCGGUGACAGAAGGAGCUCUUCAGACACAUUCGAGAACAGUGCAUGAGAAGUGCACCUCCUUUGUGGAGGGAUCCCGAUGUACCAACCCCUGCCUGCCCAUGACCCGGCACUGCGUCUCACACAUCUUCCAGGACAGCAACCAGGUGCUCUUCCAGAUGUGUCCGGGCCUGAAAGAUGUCCCGUGUGGACGCACAGUGCACAUGGGACAGUCUGAGGACCCCCGCUGCCCGCUGCACCUCACCCUGCCGCCCCCCAUGUUCCAGCCCGAGCAGGAGCCCCCCCCACAGGAGCCCAUCACCACCGCAAGCAGAGACAUGUACCUGAGUGCAGCAGAGCUUCAGCCCACAGAGAGCAUGCCCCUAGAGUUCAGUGAUGACCUGGAUGUGGAAGGGGACGGGAUGCAGGGUCCGCCCUCCCCCCUACAGUUUGACACGGCCCUGGCCCUAGAGGACCACACCAUCAGAGCCAUCGCUGAGGCCCCCAUGGACAUCCUGAUGGGAGGAGACCUGGACCAGGCGGACCUGGACGCCUCGGGACACGAGCUCUCAGAGAGAGACAUGGCUGCCAUCAUGCAUGAGCAGGUGGUGUCAGAGGUUGGAGGGGAAGAAGAGGAAGACACUGCAGAUUAUUCACUUCAAUGUACUGCAGCCAAAGCUCCAUCUGAUGCAGCGUCUCUUUAAAGAACAAUUUCACUUCCACAAACACUGAUGAUGAGGUUAGAGAACAAUCACAGCCCGUUUUCAAAAGAUUAUUAUUAGAAAUUCAUUGAUUUUUCUUCUGUUUGGUUGUAUUUUGUUAGAUUUUUCUGGGUUAUAAAGUCAUACAAUUGGACCAAAUCAGUUUGUUUGUUAAAAAAAAAGGAAGUUCCUACAUCUUAAAAUAAUAUUAUGGUAUCAUUAGUUGAAGUUAUAAAAACCCAAACUUUGGAAAUAAUACCCAUACAAGAAUGAAACAAAAAUAAACAAACUGUAAUGCAUAAUAAAACCGUCUUAAGCAAUGUAAAUAUACAAAACACAAUCAAAAUAACUAUAAUAUAUAUAUAUAUAAUAAUUG